ACCUGAAACCGGCAACAACAAAGACCAGCAAGAACAACGACGAAAGCUUCAAGUUUAUCAUCGACGCUCGACCUUCGAAAUUUCCAGCAGGAUAUUGAACAAAAAGCUGGCCAGGAAUCAGCAUCUCACUCGAUAAUCUUUGGUCAAUUUUAUUCACCAUGAGACUCGUGGCCUAUGGGGGUGUAUCCACCCUCUCAGCAACAUGUGCUGUCCUUGCUGCUUUCAGACAACGGGCUAACUUUUAUGCCGCCGCUGUCUACCUCAGCAAAAGUAAUGCAUGUAUGAUGAUCCUCUGUAACUUUGGUAUAUUCUGCACUAUCAUCCUUGCCAAAAUCCUUCAAUCGAUAUUCUUUGGUCAACUGAGAUUGGCCGAAAUCGAGCGUGUCAACGAUCGGUUAUGGUUCACCAUUAGUGAAACCCUAUUGGCCUUGGCUAUGUUUAGGGACGAAUUUGAUACCAGCUUUGUGGUCUUAUUUAUCAGCCUGAUCUUCGUCAAAUGUUUCCAUUGGUUGGCUGCCUAUCGAGUAGAAUGGAUGGAUCAAACAACCUCUCCACCUGGAAGAUUGUUCCAUGCACGAAUGAUAUCUGUCUUGUCAAUCAUUUGGGUCACUGACAUGCUCCUGAUUGCGUAUGCUACUGAAUCUGUUCUAUUACAUGGUCCAAGUGUGGUGUUGAUGUUUGAAAUGGAGUAUAUCAUCAUGCAAGUCACUUGCCUCUCCAUCAUCUGCAAAUACAUCCUCAAUUCUUACGCUCACUAUCGGGCUCAAGAACAUUGGGAAGGCAAAUCAACCUAUCAAUUCUACAUCGACCUCGCAACAGACUUUCUCAAGUUACUCACUUACAUCGGAUUCUUAUCGUUGACACUCACCUUCCACGGCUUACCCAUCAAUGUAUUGAGAGAUGUAUACUACACAUUCAGAUCAUUUAUCACCAAAUGUAACAAUCUAGUCCGGUUUCGUCAAGCCACUCGAAAUAUGAAUGAACGCUAUCCGAACGCUACUCGAGCAGAGAUGGAAUCACUGACUGACAAGACUUGUAUCAUCUGUCGAGAGGAUAUGGAGUUUAGGGAUGACCAUGAACCACAAGCUGGAGAUCCCGCACCGAACAACAACAAUAAUGGUACUGCACCAGCGGGUCCCAAUGAUACCCCCAAGAAACUUGUUUGUGGACAUAUUUUCCACUUUCACUGUCUAAGGAGCUGGCUAGAACGCCAACAAACCUGUCCCACUUGUCGACGGCCUGUGAUUCAAGCUCCACCCGCCACUCAAGUUGCACCGCAAAACCCCAAUGCAGCCGUUAACAGAGCGUUUGCAGCGGCAAUGGCAGCAGCUGGAGCCGGCCCUCCACCGAUCCCUCCCGCAAACCCAGCAGCUGCUCGAGGACAAGCUCCUGGGGCACCAUUAGGCCUACCCGCAGCUCAACCCGGCCAGCCACCACAUGCCGGCGCAGGAGACCCUACCCUGAUCGGCACUCGACCUGAUGGUACUCGACAAGACUUUCAUCAAAGAAUGCGUGAAUUUGAGCAACGCUUCGCUGCGGCCACUACUCCCAAUCCCGGAGGCCCCAACUCUGCGGCACCAGGGUCUAUCACCCAACUUAGGCAACAGGCACAGACAAGGAACAAUCCUUUGCUCCAAUUUGAUCUGUCGGCUCAUCCUACCCCAAGCCCUAGUAGACCCAUAGCUGGCCCCCACCACCUGAGACUCCGCACCAAUCCGGGCUCUCGUACUAGUAGUAACGGUUUCCCAACAUUCCCAUCUUCGCGAACAAGUGUGGAACGGAAGAAUUCUCAAACUUCUACGGACCAACCUCAAGCUGGAGCAACAUCCAAGGACCAAGCCAGCUCGUCAGCCAAACCCGCAACUAGUCUUCUGGUUACUCCGCGACCUCAGUCAGACGCACCAAAAGAUACAGUGGAAACAGCUCUACCUGCCUGUCCAGAAGACACGUCAACGCCAGGUGACUCUCACAAUGCCCAACAGCAGAGCACUACUAUCUCAUCCACAACCUCGACAGAACAAUCUUCAGAUAAAGAGCUCACUUCGCCUAAAUCACUCGACUCGGAAAGAAUCGCACCAGGUCUGGUACAGCCCGCCUCACUCGCAGAGAUGAGAAUUGAUUUUGGUGGAUUGAAAGAACAGAAGCCCCAACUGCCAUGUUUGAUCCCCUUAUUUGAUCAUCACCAACGGCCCUCUUUUGUCCCAGCCUCCUCGUCGUCGUCUUCUUCCACAUUCACCAACCAAGCACUUCUUCAGGAAUACCAACAGAAGAUCAUCGAGUUUGGCGGUAAAGGGCAUUCCGCGUCGUUUGUCGGUGAAGCGGGUGGUGCAAUCCAGGAUCCCAAGACGGCUCAGCUGCUCGAAAUCCAGAACAGUCUCGCCGAUUGUUGUGCUAAGUUGGCUCGGUUUAUGGCCCCUGACUCGGCACAACUACCAGCUGUCAAUCCCGCUGGAUCUCUCGAUGGACGUCCACGAUCAUCUUCUCAAUUGAACGAGAUAUCCAAGGAUGAUGGAAACGUUUCCGGGAGUCAGGGCGCAGAGGAUGAAGUCCAGGUGGAUCAGGUUGGGAAAGGCAAGGGCAAGAGCGAUGGACAAUGAAUGCGUUUUUAACAUAUCUCCUCGUAUUUCAUCCUUAACACCUUGAUCUACCACUUCCUCUUCUUCGGCCGGCGUCCCUACUCUUCCCACACCCCUCUUCUCUCAUUCAGCUCACUGUGUUCUUGUUUCCAUCUAUCUUACGGAUCUCUUUUUUUCCAAUUCUGCUUUCUCUAAUCCCAUUCUAUCUCUCUCUCUCUGUCUCUUACAUAUGCAUCAGCUCUCCCCCUUUCCUUCUCUUUUUGCCUCCCCCUGUUCAAGAAAAACGGAAGGAGAAGAAAAAAAAAAUGCUGCUUUUUUUGACUUUGUGAUGUUUGUUCUUUUCUAAAAAUGUACAUAUACGUAUACAUACAUACUUUUAUAUAGCCUUUUUUUCAUGAAAAUAGAUAGGUGCUGAUUGAUCGAUCAAUAUCCAACAAACAAAAAAAGAAUCCAGUCAGGUUAUACUGAAAAAAACAAAUGCAAUAAACAAUAAAGAAUGUGUUUAUGAUGAGGUCAUAAGAGAAUCUAUGUUUGAAAUUUCGGCGGUUCUACAUACACUACCUGACUUGAUGAGCCUUCUUAUGAUGACAACAGCCGAAAUUCUCUGAAAAAAUGCAUGAGUGACUGUGUCUCCUGGGCGGUUCAUCCGUACUUUGUGUGUGUCACUGUCACUUUGGGAAUGACCGAAUAGGAAGUGAUUGGAGUGGGAUGAAGUGCUCCAAAUGUAUUACAUUCUUACAGGUUGGUGGAAUCUGUGGGCAGCUUCCGAGUUGCGGUUGAGAUCACCAAAUUGAUUUGUG